AACCGCAUCUCUGGGAAAGGGCUCCUUGCUGCCUGUUUGGAUCCCUGAGUCACCACAGACCCCCACCCUCCAACGUGGGAUGUUAACCUCGGCCCAAUAUGGAGAUUAGCUGCAGAGCUGAAGCAGAGUCCCAAAGGAGCUUCGGUUCUGCAGAAUCUGUACAGCCUUCUUCACCGUGCACUGACCAGACGUUGGGGCUCGGGAAAUCCGAGCUGAGGACCGGAAUUCCUCAAGGAGUCACUCAGGAGCGAGCCGUGACCAGCCGGAGAGAGUGACACGUCGGUACUCAGGCCCGCCCUCCUCACCAUCCUCACCUUCCCCACCUUCCCCUCACGUGCACACAGGCAGUUCCCCAGAAGCGAGCCCUGUAGCUCUGCCAAAGACAAGCCUGUUGGGUUCCCGGGGGAGGAAAAAAAAAAAAAAGGCAACCACACAAAACCACUUCAGGCAAAGUCAACAGCGUUGAAAUCGUUACCUUGAAGAAACCCAGUGGAGAAGUGUGCAAAGAUGAAUGGCCCGGUGGACGGCUUGUGUGACCACUCUCUAAGUGAAGAAGGAGCCUUCAUGUUCACCUCGGAGUCUGUAGGAGAGGGACACCCGGACAAGAUCUGCGACCAGAUCAGUGAUGCCGUGCUGGAUGCCCAUCUGAGGCAGGACCCCAAUGCCAAGGUGGCCUGUGAGACGGUGUGUAAGACGGGCAUGGUGCUACUCUGCGGAGAGAUCACCUCCACGGCCACAGUGGACUACCAGCGGGUGGUGAGAAGCACCAUCAGGCACAUCGGCUACGACGACUCCGCCAAGGGCUUUGACUUCAAGACCUGCAAUGUGCUGGUAGCUCUGGAGCAGCAGUCCCCGGAUAUUGCCCAGUGCGUACAUUUGGACAGAAACGAAGAAGACGUCGGGGCCGGAGACCAGGGUCUGAUGUUCGGCUAUGCCACCGACGAGACAGAAGAGUGUAUGCCCCUCACUAUUAUCCUCGCCCACAAACUCAAUGCCCGAAUGGCGGAACUCAGACGCUCCGGGGUCCUCCCCUGGCUGAGGCCUGACUCCAAGACCCAGGUGACAGUUCAGUACAUACAGGACAACGGCGCGGUCAUCCCCGUGCGCAUCCACACCAUCGUCAUCUCCGUGCAGCACAAUGAAGACAUAACGCUGGAGGACAUGCGCCAGGCCCUGAAGGAGCAGGUGAUCGAGGACGUGGUGCCAGCCAAAUACCUGGACGAAGACACCAUUUACCACCUGCAGCGCGGACGGUUUGUCAUCGGAGGUCCCCAGGGGGAUGCGGGCGUCACUGGCCGUAAAAUUAUCGUGGACACCUAUGGCGGUUGGGGGGCGCACGGUGGAGGGGCCUUCUCCGGAAAGGACUACACCAAGGUGGACCGCUCAGCAGCUUAUGCUGCCCGCUGGGUGGCCAAGUCCCUGGUGAAAGCGGGACUCUGCCGGAGAGUGCUCGUGCAGGUUUCCUACGCCAUCGGUGUGGCUGAGCCACUGUCCAUUUCCAUCUUCACCUAUGGAACCUCUCAGAAGACAGAGAGAGAGCUGCUAGAUAUAGUCAACAAGAAUUUCGACCUUCGGCCCGGGGUCAUCGUCAGGGACUUGGAUUUGAAGAAGCCCAUCUACCAGAAGACGGCGUGCUACGGCCAUUUUGGAAGAAACGAGUUCCCAUGGGAAAUUCCCAAGAAGCUCGUGUUUUAGAGCUGGUGGGCGCAGGGCCUGCCUCACCCUGGAAGCUUCUGGAUUGGCACCUCUUGUCCAGGACCCCAACUCUCAGAUGUCCCAGACCCAGGGCCCUGACCGCUCCCCCACACCCCCCCCCCCCCCCCGCCACUGCAGGGAGUGCCUUCCCCACCCACUGCCCCCCUCCCGGACCAAGCUGCACCCCUAGGGCUAGCCCUGUGCUGUCGUCACUGGUGAAUGGCAGGGGGCUUGCUGGUGCCUAGGUCAGACCUCCUCAUGGCGGUAGUCACGCUGUCCGCCUGCUUUUCCCUCAGACUGAGGCGACGUUAAUUUAGUGGAAAAACCACCCCUGUGAAGAGUAAAUCCCCCCACGCCUCCCCAUGGCUGGUCCCCUCCUCCCUCACAGAUCUCAGGGAUCCUGGGUGUGCUGGCUGUGCCCUUCCCAUCUGUGGCCUGUGCCCUGAGCCAAGGGCCUUCACGGAGGCAUCUCAGGCUAGGCAUCCGGCGGGGACAGGAACAGGGGCUGACACCUGCUGAGCAGCUAUGGUGUUCGAGGGCCCGAGCCAAUUACCGACCUCGUUUCUUCUUCACCGCAACACGGUGAGGUGACACCUCAUUCCCACUUUCCAUAUGGGGAAACUGAGUCGCAGACCGCCUAGGUAACUUUCCCAAGGUCCUACAGCCACAUGUGUCAGGACCCACACGUGAUCCAGGGGCUUUGACUCGGGAGCCCGUACGCAGCCCCCAACCCUGUUCCCAUCUCAUGCCGGACGGAGGCUUGAGCAAUGACCAGCAGCUCUGUGGCCUCUGUCCUGAAGACCUGAGCUUGCUGCUCACCUCUUGGUGAGCCCUGGGCAGGGAUAUGCGAAGUCAGGACAGAGAAGCAGCUUGUCCCAGCUCAGGUGGCCAGCCCCUUAGAUGGGUCCGGAACCCCGUAGCUUCCAGCCCUUCUCUCUUUGGCCUCUUGGUCUGAAUGCCGUUGGAAUAAGUGUGUGAGCCCCUCAGACGCCCCUUCCAGAGAGGCCACUCGUAAGGGCCGAAUAUCUAGUGUUAAGUAGUGACCCAGGUGGCGGAGCUGAACUCCUAGCGGUAGACAAGUUGGCUGAGGUGUCAUGAGGAGAUUCUGCCUUUGCCAGGUGGCUCCCGGGGCACAGCACUCAAGGGGCCUGAGUGGUCCUCGGAAGGUCUUGGAAGGGCUAAGGUCUUGGAAGCUGCACGUUCACCUGCCUUCCGUCCCUGGCCAGCCCUGCCUCCCCCACCUGUCAGCCUGGGCCGCUGACAGCAGUGUCUCUGCCUUCUCCCUAGCUGCCCAGACCACAGGCUCAGGUAGGGGCCCCCAAGGGUCCCAUAGAGCACUGAGGCUUGGGCUCUGGUCCAGGGUCCAUGGCGCUGGUUCUGGCUGAACCAGGCAGCCCAAGAACCCUCAUCUGGGGAGCAGACGGCCUGCAUCUGGGCUCCAGGCCUGACGCACAAAGACCCCAAGCUUUUCUCCUUACGUCAGGGAAAAGGCAGCUCUUCAGGGGAGAAAAAGAAGGCCGAUUUACCACAGAAACCUAGAGCUCGUGUCCGCUCCCAGCAAGUCUCAAGCUCCCUCCAGGAGAGGGAGGCACAAGCUUGCAGGCGGUCAAUGCCUCCCACUCAAGCCCUAGUCACAGUGAAAAUUCAGAAUCGCAUGGUUGCCCCUCCCCCCGUGGAGAUAAAAGAUCUUUUUUUGGACAUUGUUGAUAUGAAACUCGAACCUUUAUGUGUUAAUAGUUCCUGCUGGGACAGUGAAUAAACAACUACUCUGUGCUCGGU